AUGCCAGUAGUAUCAAGAGGGACACGCGCAAGUAGUCAGGUUAGUUUCAAGGCUCAAGCAGACGGAGACAAGUGUGAACAAGUGUGUUCGGUUCCCGAAAAGCGAAAGAUACCUUGGAGCCAAAUCGACUUGCAAAUGUUGGUAUUGGUAAUAUCAGAUGUAAAUGCUGUGAGGACCUCGGAAGCAAUGAAUCUUUCUGCUCGAGUAAUGAUUGGUGAUUGA